AUGGAGAUGCUCGAGCAUCAGGAUAUCAGCACCGUCUUCUUUCGAAAGUCCCAGUUGGUGGAGACCCUCUGGAGGCAGAUGUGGAGAUGCGUGCUCACCUACUACUGCAUGGUCCUGAGGUUCCAGGUGGCGCGCGUCCAGGGAGGUGCUGAGGGGGACUGGGAGGUCAUAGGUUGCAUGGUCCGUGGGCAGGCUUGGCCUGUGAAGGAGGAGGAGGAGGAGGAGGAGGAGGAGGAGGAGGAGGAGGAGGAGGAAGGCAUGGAUGUGGGCGGCGACGACGACCCUGAUAUGCGGCGCACGCUGUGA